GACCAAAGAUAAAUAUGGAGUACAUUUUCAAAUUGUAGAUUCUUCAAGUUUUGAUCUAAAUUUUGAGCAUAUUUUAACCUCGAUUGCUAAUACCAUUGUUGCAACAUAAAGAAUUAUCCCUUAGCUGUAAGGAAGAUAAAAAAGAACAGAAAAAAUCAGCACUGUAGAUAGCAAAAUUACGAUUUUUUGGACAAUACCUCGAAUCCAGACUUUUCUGUUGAACAAAAAGUGGUGAAGAUAUUGGAUAAUAUUGCUUUUUUCAUCGAUAAAAUGUCUCGUUCUCCUUCUAAAGCAUCAAACAGGCAAUCCAAGUCUCGUGAAAGCGAUACAGGGCAGUCAAACUCAGGCCCUCCAAGAAUCAGGUCGAGCAAAUCAUUAUCAGCUUUUCCAAUUGUCAAGUCUGAUAAGACAAAAACCAACCCUUUUACUGUCCCCUCUGAUAAUGAUAUCUUUAUGCUACGAGAUCAGGAGAGACAAAAGAAGAAAGAGGAAAGAAUUCAACAACGAAAACUCAAAGUACAUGAAAAGACGACAUACACAACACGUGUGAAUGCCAAAACAGCUGCUAUGAGAAAAAUUGCUCAUGAGAGUGACGACGAAGUAGUUGAGGAAGAAAAGAAAGAUAAAGAUGGAGCCAUAGCUGUCAAAGAUGAUCCACAGUUUACUCUUGCAAUCACAAGAGAUCGACAUGUUGAGAAAGAGAAUCUUGCUGAUUUCAUUGCAAAGAAGAGAGAAAUGUUUCUUGUUCAGUAUUCACUAGGAGUAAAAAGAGAUGAGAUGAGAAAACUUGAAGAAAUUGCACAGGCAGAAGAAAAAAAGUUAGAAUUAGCAGAGCAGUACCUUGAAGAAGAUGCUGCAAUGUUUGAUGAAUUUCUCAAAGAAAAUGACAAGAAUUCUGUUGAAGCUAUCAAGAUAGCUGAAGCUGAGACCAAACUCAAGCUAGAAAAAGUUGGUGAAAUCAAGAAGAUUAAUGCACAAAUAAUGCUAAUAAAGAGUGAAAUUUCAAAGAAUGAAGAUACAAUGAAAGAGUAUAUGUUAUACCAACAGUUCUUAGAUUCUUUGACACCACAGGAAUAUAAAGAUGACAAACAAAAAGUCAAAGACGAGAAAAAGAAAGGAAAACAGAAAGGAAAGCUAUCUUCUACACUAAAGAAAAGAGGUUCGAUAGUUCUUACAGACAGAACUUCCAGCAGAUCAAGCAGAAAAGAUAGUAAGAUAGCAAUUGCACAGAAACCCACCCCCAGUCCCCCACAAGGUGCAAAGAAACCAAAGGGAGACACAGAUGUAGAGAGUCAGACAUCAUCUACUUAUGACACUGAUGAAGACGAUAUUGAUGAAGAACCAGAAUUAUUCUUCUCGGAUCCACAACAGCUGCUUGACAUUUUUUCUGAGCUUGAAGAGCAGAAUCUGUCUUUGAUCCAAAACAGCCAAGAAACAGAAGAAGCUCUGGAAGAACUGAGACAAACUAUCAAACAAACUCAAGAAAAAAUGAAUCGAGAGACAGAAGUUCUCAAAGGGCAGAUUGACUUUCUGAAGGAUGCAAUCAAGAGAGAAGCAGAACGAGCUGAGGAACUGGAAAUGAAAUCAAAGAUGUUUUCAUAUGGAGAAUUCAAGGCUGAAGAUCAGGAAAAAAUGCUAGCUGCCUUAAAUAAGAAGGUUGAAGAGGUCUACAGAAACUGCAUUGGUGACAAUGAAGCUAAUAUAAGCACACUUCAAAUGCUCACCAACAUUGAAAAUCGGCUUGAAGAGUUGUUUGAACAAAUUGAGAUCAUGCCAUCAGAUAGAGUUGAAAUGGCAGAAAAGGCAAAAGAAAAGGAAAGAAGGUUGCGACUACGGGAAGAGAAAAUGGAGCAACAGCGACUCCACCAGGAGGACAGAGUGAGACGAGCCUUGGAAAGAGCACAAGCUGAACCCAAGAAAAAGACUGGCAAACCUUUGAUGUUCAGAUCUGAGCCACCACAAACAAGGAAAAAACAACACGAUGCUGACAAGAAACAAGAUAAGGAAGAAGAAGAAUUAAAAUAUUUCUUUACAUGAAAUGGCAGAAAAAUAAACUGUCGGUUUGGAUGAAUAAAUAAGUGUAUAGCAUUAUAUUUGUAAAUAAACAGGGAAAUUUUGAAUAAAACAUUGAUAAACGUU